CCGAUUGUCUGAUCAUUCUCUUUCCUCUGCAUCCUACUCGACAAGUUGAAUUUCUAGGUCUAGAAAAGGGAUGUCUCUGGUCACGGAAGAGAUGAAAGCCAGUGCGUCAGAAAUUUACCAUGGAGAUGAGAGCUGUCAAGAGAAAUCAAAGUUUUUGCUUCAGGAAGUAGGCAUGCCUAGAGGGCUUUUGCCCUUGAAAGACAUCGAGGAAUGCGGGUAUCUGAAGGACACUGGUUAUGUGUGGCUCAAACAAAAGAAGAGCAUAACCCACAAGUUUGACAAGAUUGGGAAGCUUGUUUCGUAUGCACCUGAAGUCACAGCUGUUGUUGAGCAAAGCAAGAUCAAGAGGCUGACUGGGGUGAAGACCAAGGAGCUUUUGAUUUGGAUCACAAUCAGUGAUAUAUAUGUUGAUGAUCCAGCGACUGGCAAAAUCACUUUCAAGACCCCUGCAGGGUUGUCCAGAUCUUUUCCUGUAUCAGCUUUUGAGAUUGAAGGUGAAGUUAAGGAUAACAAGAAGAAGAAGGAAAAGAAAUGAAUGGAGCUGUGGAAGUGAAGGAGGUGUAGAUUCUAGAGGAGUUUCAACUUCCAAUAGGAGAAGGCUUCAUCCGUGGGUUCCUUCAUGGUUUCUCCUCACCUUUUGGAUGUGCUUGUCUUUUACAGUGUUUUUAACUAAUGUCAUUAGUAGCUAUCAAUCAAAAUAAAAAAAAUUACAAUUUCAGAAAGCCAAUGUUGCAUUGUAUUGCGUGAUAGUGUAUUUUCAGAUAGGACAUGAGAGAUUUAUGUUGCAUUGUUGCUUCAACACAACCUAUUGGAAUUUGGAAGUAAUCGAUGCCUUUCCUUUGAAGUGAUAAUUGUCCUCUGAUUUUUUUUAUUUUUUUUUUAUGAGAGGCCUAGGCUUCU